CCAACUCAAAUAUACAUGAAAUGAUGUUACCAUAAAUUUUGAAAAUCACGUGACUUGUUUAAUAAUUUAAUGAGUUGCAUGAUUAUAAUAGUAGAAGGAAAACUUUGUAUUUCUAGCCUUCUAGAAAAGGGACCCUUCAGCUUAAGGUGGAAAUGAACCACAUGCACCACAAUAGCUAAUCGUAUCUAAUGUAAUCCGCAAUGUAAACUACUAAAACUAAAAGUCACCUUAGAGAAGAAUGACAUGCACUAGGAUGAAGCCCAUGAUGGACCAAGGCACGCUUGUCGCUGCAAUCAAGCGAUGCGCUAGGGUUCGAGACCUUGAGACCAUCCAAGCCUACAUGAUCCGAACAAAUUUUACACAAGAUAGCUUCCUGCUUAGCAAGUUGAUUGAGUCUUAUGCCAUCACUUUACCUAUUAGACAGAUUGCACACGCCUAUAAACUAUUUUCAUGGACCCACCAGCCCAACCUCUUCAUGUGGAACACCAUCAUCAGAGGCUACUCCAUAAAUGACUCGUCAUCGCUCAGGGCCAUCGCUCUUUACAAAGACAUGCACCUCAGUGGCAUUUCAUCAAACAGUUUCACUUUCGGGUUUGUUCUCAAGGCGUGUUGUAAUUUACGAAGACUUGAAGAGGGCAAAAUGGUCCAUUCACAGGUUUUGAAAAUGGGUAUAGACUACGAAACCCAUGUGGUUAACGGUCUGAUCAAAUUGUAUACCACGUGCGGGCGCGUUGACGAAGCACGCGACCUGUUCGACGAAAUGUCUGAACGAGACUUGGUUUCGUGGAGCACCAUGGUUUCUGGGUACGUGCAAAAUGGGUGUUCUAAUGAGGCCUUAGUUUUGUUUAAACAGAUGCAAGCUCAGAAUGUGAAAGCUGAUGAAUUUACUUUAGCUAGUGUUGUUGGGGCUUGUGGAGAUAUGGGUGCUUUCGAUUUGGGCAAAUGGGUGCAUUCUUAUAUUGAUAAAGAAGGUAUUGAUAUUGAUAUUGAUAUUGUUUUGGGAACUUCACUGGUGGACAUGUACUCAAAAUGUGGGAGUUUGGAUAAUGCAAUUAGGGUCUUUGAAGGCAUGUCUAAGAGGGAUGUCAUGGCAUGGUCUACCAUGAUUGGAGGGUGUGCCAUACACGGGUUUGGUGAGAAAGCUUUAAAAGUGUUUCAUGCCAUGCAAAGUGCCAAUGUAAGACCCAAUUCUGUUACUUUCACUUGUGUGUUGUGUGCAUGUAGCCACUCUGGCUUGGUCAAGGAAGGUUGUCAAUAUUUCAAUAGCAUGUCUUUGGAUUAUGGAAUCACUCCCCAAAUUGAGCAUUAUGGAUGCAUGGUUGAUCUAUUUUGUCGUGCAGGACUUGUGCUUCGAGCACAUAAGUUUAUUCAAAAGAUGCCCAUUAAGCCUAAUGCAGUUCUCUGGCGAACAUUGCUCGGUGCAUGCAAGACUCAUGGAUAUAAAGAACUCAGUGAGAGUAUAACUAGAGAGGUGCUUGAGCUAGAGCCUCAUAGUGCUGAGAAUUAUGUGCUUGUGUCCAAUGUUUAUGCUUCUCUAGGUAGAUGGUCAAGUGUGAGCAAGGUUAGGAGCCAAAUGAAACACAAGAAAGCUAAGAAACAACAUGGUUGGAGCUCUAUAGAGAUGGGUUUCGUUGUGCACCAGUUUGUGAUGGGAGACGAAUUACAUCCUGAAAUCAGACAGAUAUAUCAAAUGCUGGAUCAAAUGGCUAAAAAGUUGAAGCAAGAGGGACAUGUAGCUACAACAAUUGAUGUCUUGCAUGAUAUAGACGAAGAAGAAAAAGAGCAUGCAUUAGGUUUUCAUAGUGAGAGGCUGGCUAUUGCUUAUGGAUUACUUCGCUUAUCAAAGGACUCGCCAGUUAGGAUAGUGAAAAAUCUUAGAGUGUGUAUUGACUGUCAUUCAGUCAUAAAGUUGAUUUCUAGUGUCUACAAGCGAGACAUAAUUGUUAGAGAUCGAAUUCGUUUCCACCACUUUAGAGAGGGGAAGUGUUCCUGCAAUGAUUACUGGUAAUUAGAUCGAAUGCUUGUUCAACUUCUAAUAUUUCUACACUGAGACUUGAAAUACCAACACAAAUAUUAUUGCUGUUGUAAACCUCUUGUUGAGCUGUAUAUCAAAACAAGCAAUUUCAAAUUUUCACUGUCCUGAGACUUAACAUAAUGUGGCUUUCUUCUCUUUUUCUUUCUUACAUUUCCUUCUCACCUUUUUCUCUCAGUCCUUGAAAAAUUCCUUACCACAUACGGUUCUAAGUUGGGUAUUUCUACAGUUAGGGAUGCUAUUUUUCAUAUUUGAUUUGAAUGAAAAAUGCUCGUUACUGAAAUAAUAUUCAUAUUAAAGACUACUCUUAAGAUAUUUGGGAACUCUGCUCAUUCAAAUUAAAUAAGAAGACAUUUAAACAAAACAAAAGGACACAAAAAAUGAUCCAGCAAAUCAACCUGAACAUCCACUUUUAACAUUGCAAAUGAAUUAUGUUCAAGUUCCAGUGACAUAGAAGGGGGUUGUACCCAAUUCUCAGAGCUUUUGCUUUUGCGGGGUCUAGAAGAACUGAUUCGUAGGCAGCACUACUUUCCAAUUUAUGGAGAGGCUGAUUUCCGUACUUGAACCCACGACACGUCACUUUUGGUGGAAGGCGCAUUUGCCAUCGUACUUGAACCCAUGACACGUCGCUUUUGGUGGAAGGCGCAUUUGCCAUCGCACCGAGGGAUAAUCCUCAUAGUGGAAACUGGAAACAUAGUGCAACUUGCAAGAUGCUUGAUUAUUUGAGAGAAAAUGGAUAGUUGGUACUGCAGAUUUGAUCAUAGAAAAAAGGAAAUAUUUCUAAUGAAUCUGUAACAUAUACAGUAACUUGACUGCUUUAAAACCGAAUAAUUAAAAAAAAAAG